AUGUUGGAGUCUUCUCACGAUGUGCACUCUCUGCUGGAUCCGGCCGAGCUAUUUACUCGCGGCCUAUUCACUUUCCGAUCCAGUCACAAAAGGUUAUUCUGUGCUUUAACUCGGGCAGUCUAUCACGCCAUCUUUAAACUUAUUAAAAGUCGGUCGAACAGUGUUGAGAAGCUCCUUUGUGAGAAAUCUUUUCUCCAAAUUUUAACUGUCCAGGUCACGACUGUGGAGACGAAGCGUGCGUCGGUUAAGCUAAAAAAUGCAACAUUCAAAGAUUUGAAAGAGAUAUUCGCGUUAGCUGGACCGUACAAGUGGAGAAUUCUUCUGGGCCUCUCAUUUCUCGGCGUAAGCAGCUCGAUUUUUCUUAUAACACCCAGAGUGCUGGGAAAGUUAAUAGACGAGUUCGAUGAAACGAAACGAGCCGCUCCAGGACAUGAAGAUCUAUCGCUUCGGGUUGCUAGGUACUUCAAGGACAAUCCCAUUGCAUUGGUUGGGUUAUUAUUUCUUGGAGGUGCUGCCAUAGCUGCAAGAGUGUAUUGUAUGCACACUGCCGGACAACUCAUCAUUAAUGAUCUCCGUAAAAAAGUUUUCAACUCGGUUCUGCGGCAGGAUAUCGCCUUUUUUGACAAGAACAAAGUGGGCGAAAUUGUCUCUCGUCUAUCGACUGAUGCACUCAUCGUAGGAUACUCGGUGUCCAUGAAUUUGAGCGAUGGUGCACGAGCACUCCUGACAUGUUUAGGUUCAGGCGGUUUAAUGGUGUACACAUCUCCUGCUCUCUGCCAAGUGAUGUUUGUUGUGAUUCCGAUAAUGGUUGGAACGUUCGCUGUUUUUGGUAAACUGCAACGGAAGUACACUCUUCAAAUGCAGGAGGCUGUAGCUGGGGCUAAUCAGGUGGCGACAGAACGGCUGUCGAAUGUUCGAACGGUUCGAAUGCUGGUUGCCGAAAAGAAGGAACUAGGUGCUUACGCCGACAAGAUUUACGACAUCUGGAUGAUAUCGAGAAAAGAGGGCUUGGCUCGUGGUGCCAUGUACGGUUCGUUUCAAUUCACCGGGUAUAUCGCGAUGUCAACCGUACUGUUCUACGGAAGUAACCUUAUCAGUCAGGGAUUGCUCACUUACGGUGAUUUGUCAUCGUUUUGCCUCUACGCCGUUCUCUGUGCGGCGAGUUUGUCGAACAUAUCAGGUUUCUUCAUCGAAAUUAUGAAGGGCUUGGGCGCCAGUUCUAGAUUGUUUGAACUUCGCAAUACGGUGCCAAGCAUCCCUCUUGAGGGAGGCAUCAAGAAGGGAAAUGUUGAGGAUGCAAUCAGGCAAGCGAUAGUCCUGUUUCCACUGCUUUACGAUCCUGACCGUGGUCAUAUCAUGAUCGAUGAUGUCGAUUUGAAACAAACAGAUCCUUCAUACUGGCGACGACAAAUUGGAACUGUGGGACAGGAGCCAGUAUUGUUCUCAACUACUAUUCGAGAGAAUAUUCUUUAUGGUGCCGAAUACCCUGAUAAAAUCACGGAGGACAAGAUAGAGGAGGCUGCAGAGCAGUCAAAUGCUCUCGAUUUCAUCCAAGCAUUCCCUGAUAGAUUCGAUACCAUGGAUCCAAGGAUUCUAAUCCUCGAUGAAGCGACAAGCGCGUUAGACGCAACAUCGGAGUACUUAGUCAGGAAAGCACUUAAUCGACUGCUGGAAAAUAGCCACCAAACCGUGCUUAUUAUUGCUCACAGGUUGUCUACAAUCAAGCAUGCGGACCAAAUCGUUGUCUUGGACAAGGGAAGUGUAGCUGAGAAAGGCACAUUUGAUGAUCUUAUGCACAUGAAAGACGGAAUAUUCAAGAAGCUGGUCGAAAAACAGGCAAUUGGUUGGAGAGAUGAGAGCUACUAA